GGCCCUGCAGUACAAUAGCUUCAAUGGUUCGAUUCCUGACUCCAUUGGAGACCUUGCAAAUCUUCGUACCUUACGGCGGCUUCGUUCCGCCAUCAACGUCGCGCUUCAGUAGCUUCGCUGGAUGCUGGGGUACACGUGAGUCGCGGCGAGGAAGGACAUUGUCACGCAACAUCGCAG